UCAAGACGGUGGGGCGAAGGUGUUGGAGGAAUGUGCUCUUAUUCAUGACGAUUGGGUGGCUUGGCCGUGGCUGCGCACGUUGAAUCAUUGACAUGGUGAUAUCGCAUGUUUUGCCUUUUCUCUCUUCUUAUUUUUAUCUAGAAAAAGAAAAAGGCUGUUAAGUGUGCCCAUAGUUAAAAAAAAAACAAAGCAUAGUUUUGCUGAAACCAAACUGCAACGAUAGACAGGAAGUGUAACAGUUAGACAGACUGAUAGAAAAACAAACUGACAGACGGUAAAACAAUCUGUCACUACCACCACCUAUUUGUGUUUCUUGUUUCUUAACAAAAACAACUCUUGCUACUCAAUCCAACCCUUCCUCCCUCCCUCUCUCUCUCUCUUCCCUCCCCUCCUUCCUCCUCCCCCUUUCAUCUCCCCACUCCUCCACAUUCUCCCGGCUAGAGACGUAGGAAUAUCUGAGGACUUCAGAAGCAUUCAGCGAUCCGCUGGAGGGUCAAGCCCUACGUCGCCUUGUGAUGGGAUAUCAGAACAACUGAGAGACCAGAGUCCAGAAUCCUCCUGGACCUAACUUUAUUCUCAGUCUCUCUUCUUUUCUCUUUGCCCGUUUCUUUAUAUCUCUGACUCUCUGCUUGCUUCUCUUUCUUUCACUUUCUUUCUUUUACUUUCUGUCAGUCUUCCUGCCUCCCUCUCUGUCUCUGAAUCUCUUCUUGUCUGUCUCUUUCUCUGUUUAACGGAAAUUCUUUCUCUCUGACCGUCCCUCUCUCCGUAUCACUCCCUCUCUAUCUCUCCCUAACUGUUGCUCUAUCGCUCUCUAUAUCUCUCCUCUCUGCUGUGGUGUUUUGAGCCUUGGCUCAUGUUUGGUAAACUCAGAAGACUUGAAGAACCUCUGGUGAACAACGCUAUACAUCAGGUUAAUGCUGCCUGAUCUGGGAGCGGAAGAAUGGCAGACCUUCACCCCAAGCGCCACCAAACAAGACACGUUCACGUCUUCAGCUAUGACAGACUGUGAGCGAGGCACCGCAUGGAGCCGCAGCUGACUCCAGAGGGACGGGGACCGCCUCUCUCUCCAGGGAUGGCUCGACCGCCCGGCACCGUCUUUUCAAAACAAGGGUUACGCCAAGACCGCCCCGUGGCCUGGGACCCGGCCUCCUCCGAGAUCCCAACGGAGCGUGAUCUGAAUGGUCCAGCCGCCACGGCACUGGAGCCAGCACACGGCGUCCCGAUGCCGCGGCUGCCAGGAAGUGAAGUCAGCGAUGACGGCAAUUUGGAGUUAAUUGAACCGGCCCUUGUGGAAGUCGACCGGACGACGGUCAUCCACGAGGGCGAUUCUUCUACACUCCAGCCGAACGCAGCACCGCCCCUUGCGGUUCUCCCUGAUGACCUGGGUCUUCUGUCGACAUUGUUUGGAUCAGAUGAGGAGCUUCCGAAGCCGGGUGUGGCUCCAGAAGGCCCUGAAGACGUGAAAAAGGGACGGCCGCACUCAACCACCACAGUCGAAGGAGGGAACCAGGACCAGUUCGGACCGUUGCUGAAGAGCGAUGUCUUGGAGGAUCUGACGCAAGGAGACACUCAAGCGUCGGUGCCACUUCCUCCCCAGGCCACGCCCCUAACGGCGACCGCACAGAACCACCCGGACACGGGUCCGAGGUUUAUAGAUCUGCCACGCAUUGUGAAACUCAAACCUAGCUCCAUAACCUUCUCGGAUUACAGCAGUCCAGACUACACCGAUUCGGAUUACAACCGUGCGGAGUACGCCUGUAACUCGCCUGUAAGGCCCGUCUUCUUCAACUUCAGCUCUGACGGAGGUGGAUCUUCGCAGGAGGAGGAGAACAAUGACGAUGAUGAGGAAGAGGACGGGGAUGACGAUGAAGAUCAUGGGGAUGAGGAUGUCUUCCUUGACCACGGGGCUAGUCCCAGGUGCAGAGGGGCGGGCAGAGAGAGGCGCCGGAGGAAGCAGUCCAAGGAAGUGCCCAGCGGAGCCGGACGGCGUCCAGCGGAACGGAACACCGAUUGUAACGGGGUAGGUCUCCUCCUGCAUGUAACCAUGUCCAUAACCCUCACACCACCGAUGAACUGGGUUUGGGGAACUGAAUGAAAGAACUAGCAAUUAGAACCAAGAUGGCUGCCAGGUAAAUAAGCCCCACGCUUACAAAGUUUGAGUCAAUGCUUCUCAACCCUGGCGGUCAGGAUCCCACGUGACAGCAUGUUGUUCUUAAGAACAUUGACUUUUACUUUUGUUAUAAGCCUUUAACGCUUUUUGGGGUAGCAGCUCCUAAAAAAGUUUCUUUAGAAGAUACAUCAUGUACGCAUUAACAUUCGCUCUGGUUAAGACUGAGGUGGUAAACACAAGGCUCCUCACAGAAGACGUGACGGAGAUCUGAGGCUCCGCAUACCUUGCUCUAAGUGUGUCGGAGGUAACGUUGCAUAUUUCUGCGAAAAGCCUUGGAAGGAAGACACAUCCAGGAGGAGGAAUGCAAACAGAGCUGUCCAUCGCUGGGCUGCUUCCUCACGGUAAAGCUGUGUUUAGACAGGAGUUCACUGCAGCAGGGACUGUUACAACAGACCUCAGCCCUUCCACAGAACUCUCAACAGCUCUCUUCCCCUUCGUAACAAGCCCAAACCCAUUCAGAGGCCCGUGGUCUUCCUCUGCUGACCCUUAUCCUGACCCGGCCCGGACCCUUCAUCCAUCAGCUACAUACUCUCUCUCUCUCUCUCUCUCUCUCUCUCUCCCUCUCCCUC